AUGGUGGUGACGCAGCACGCGCAGACGCUCGUCAGGUCCGCGUACGACCCGAACGUGCAGGAGGCGUGGACGACGUGCAGCACGGGGCACAACUGGGGGUACUACUACGUCCUCGGCGUGCUGCCGUUUCUUGCGCGGUUCGUGCAGAGUCUGCGGCGGUACUAUGAUUCGAGGCUGCCGACGCAUUUGAUCAAUGCUGGGAAGUACGGGAUGGGAAUGGUCUAUUAUUUCUUUUAUUACUUCUGGAGACAUAACAACAACCAACCGAGCGGCUACAGCUUCGUGCUUUGGGUUCUCUUUGGGACAAUAUACUCCCUAUAUGCAUGUGCUUGGGACUUCCUCAUGGAUUGGUCGCUGUUCCAGCGCAAUGCUCGAUACCCUCUUCUUAGAAAAGAGGUUAUGUACACUGGCCAUAUACCCCUUUACUACGUUGCAUUCAUUACGAACUUCCUCCUCCGCUUCUCCUGGCUAUCCUAUUUCCCCACAGGAGGGAUCAACAUCACCGUUCGGACCUUCAUCGCCGCCUUCCUGGAGAUUCUGCGCAGGGUGCAGUGGAACUUCUACCGUCUCGAGAACGAGCACCUCGGUAACAUGGACCAGUACCGCGCGACGCGCGAGGUGCCGCUGCCGUACUCGGACGCGGCGCACGCGCACGACGAGGACGACGAAGAGGACCGCGACGAGGACGGGCAUCCGCAGGGGUCGUGGCUCCGCCGGACGCUCUCGAUCCACUCGCGCAGGUCGCAGUCGCAUGCGGUGGAGGAGGCGACGUGAGCUGCGGUUGGUGUGCGGUGGGGUUUGGCGAUACACGCACACUUUCUUUCUUUCUCUUUCUCUGCUGGCGUCUCUUUUUUUUCUUUAUCUAUCUGCGAUACUCUCUCACUCUCUUUCUCUCUCUCU